UUUUUUAAAAGAGAAUAAUGAUUUUUUAUGGAAAACUUGUUUUUAUAAUAUUAUUGAUUAAAGAAUGGAUAUUAAUUUAUACAAAAGCAAAUGUAUCAGAAUGGCUAGCUAAAGAGGUAGAAAUAGCAGAGAAUGCUUCUCUUUUUUGGGGACCAUAUCGUCCAAAUCUUUAUAUGGGGAUUCGAAGUCGAGAUCCAGAAGGAAUGUUAAUGGGAAUAAUGUGGAUGGCAGUAGAUAAUUAUACACAAAUCAGAGAAAUAAGACAUACAUGUGAACAAAAUCAUAAUAUAAAGAUGUAUGGAUGGGAAGAAUUUGAUGUAAGAAAAGGUGGACGUCAAAUUAUAAAAGACGAUGAAAUGAAUGUAGAAAUUGAAAUAGGAUUCGCUAAAAUAUAUACAGAAAAACAUAAUGGAAAUUGGGGUUUACGUAUUAAAGGAAAGCCGAAAAAUGUUUACAACAAAAUAUCUAUAUUUUUUUAUAUAGCAUCUAGUAAUGAUGAAAUAAAACUAAUCUCUGAACUUGGAAAAGAAGGAGUUAAAGGAAAUGUUGUUUUUAUGAAUAAAAUAUCAAAAAAAAAAAAUAUUGAAAUUACACAAGGCCCUAGCACGAAUACAUACCCAUUGUUUACCCAUACAGCAGAAAAUGAAAAACAUCUUGACAGAUUUAUGUAUCAUAGUAUGAAGGUUCCAAAAAAAGAGAUGUGGAUGGCAAAAGAUUUAUUAUAUUCAGUUUUAAUUCUAACUACAAGAGACUAUUAUAAAAAAUAUAAUGAAGAUAUUCCUCCAGCUGCUCUUUAUUAUACGUUGCCUAACAUAGAUGAGGAGGGAAAUUUUCAUUUUGUUCAAAGAGUAUUUCAAGGACCUUUUGAAUUUGAUAUAUUAUAUUCCUCAACAGAUGAUCCAAUGACCAGUCAUCAACUUGAAAAUGAAAUUAUUUCUAAUUCAAAACUAUUUAAGGAAAGAUUCAUGAAAAUAUUUUCUUUUAAAGAUCCAUUUAAUUCAGAUAAAUACAUAGAAUUCGCACAAAAUCUUCUCUCAAAUCUCUUAGGAAAUAUUGGAUAUUUUUAUGGUGAUUCUAUUGUGGAUAGAACAUAUAGUUAUGAAUAUCAAGAAGUUUUUGAAGAAUAUGAUUCAUAUGUUUCUCCACAAAUACAAGGGCCAUUUUCAUUGUUUACAACUACUCCUAAUAGAUCUUUCUUUCCAAGAGGUUUUUAUUGGGAUGAAGGAUUUCAUCUUUUACUGAUUGGACAUUGGGAUAAUGAUUUAAGUCUUGAAAUAAUAAAGAGUUGGUUCUCUUUAAUAGAUGAUGAUGGAUGGAUUGCAAGAGAACAAAUACUUGGAGACGAAUCUAGAAGCAAGGUUCCCAAAGAAUUCAUAAUUCAAUAUUCCUAUUGUGCUAAUCCACCAACACUUAUUUUACCUAUUAUUUCUUUUCUUGAAAAACUUGAACAGAAUAACAGAAAUGAAACUGAUCAAGACAACAAAAAAGAAAAUAUCUAUUCUAAAUAUAUAAAAUAUCCAGAAUUGGCUAUUGAUUAUUUAAAAAAAAUUUAUCCACUCAUUUGUCGUCAAUAUAAUUGGUAUAGAAGAACCCAACAAGGAGAAAUAGAGGAAUGGAACAGAAAUGCAUCUUCCCCUAAUGAAGGAUAUCGAUGGCGAGGAUGUACUCCUCAACAUUGUUUUGCUAGUGGAUUAGACGAUUAUCCAAGAGCAUACCCACAUAAUGGAGAAUUGCAUUUAGAUUUAUUAUCAUGGAUGGGGCUUUUUACUAAAGGACUUAAAAUAAUUGCUGAAAAAAUUGGCUAUCAAGAAGAUGUUGAAAAAUAUAAAUCUAUUGAAAACGCGAUUAUUAAAAAUAUUGAUGAUUUACACUGGAGUGACGAACACAAUGCAUAUUGUGAUUGUACAAUAGAUAAAAAAUAUUUAAGCAUUCAUGAGUGUCAUAUAGGUUAUGUUACUAUUUUUCCUCUUUUAACGGGUCUUUUAUCAGCAUCAUCACCGCGUUUUGAUAAAUUAUUAGAUAUAAUGUAUUCAUCCGAUCAUCUAUGGUCUUCCUAUGGACUUAGAAGUCUUUCAACUAAAAAUCCAUACUUUGAAAAAGACGAAAAUUAUUGGAGAGGUCCAAUUUGGAUAAAUAUCAAUUAUAUGGCUCUUCAAAGUUUGUAUAAAAAUUAUAUUAAUACGCCUGGACCAUAUCAAGAAAAAGCAAAAAAAAUAUAUCAUGAACUAAGAAUAAACAUAGUUAAUACGGUUUUUAAUGAAUGGAAACGUACCAAUUUUGCAUGGGAGCAAUAUAAUCAAGCAUCAGGAGCCGGUCAACGAACAAAAGGAUUUACAGGAUGGACUAGCUUGAUUGUUAACAUUUUGUCUGAAAAAUAUUAAGACCUUAUACUACAUAUAAAAAAGUAUAUUUCUUUGGAGA